CUUUCUUCUUUGCUCAGACCGGUGUCAAUCUGUGUUAACCAGCGUUAAGGUUAAUAAACCUAAUAAAAAAGAGAGAACAAUAUAAGGCCAGCUGUGCAAAUAUUAAAGAAAAAAUUCCACUCAGCAAGUGAAUGAACGUGCCCAGUGGUUAACGAGUCGUACCGGACCCGAACAGUCGCACUUCUGAACACAGUUAGGGCACAAGACCCGAAUACGUACCAGUGGGUGUGAAACUCCUUGGUGUGUCGGGUUGUGUUCGCCCGUCCUGAAACUGACUGGACAUUUGUGUACAAGCUUACAAUGUGGUGCUAAAUGGUGGAUACAAAGGUGACAUUUCUUACCCGGAAGUGAUCAUUUCGUUCGAUUUUAAGGAGAGUACAUUCACAGCUGGUACUACAAACAGCAUUGAAUUAAAAUACAUUAAGCCUUGUGAUCAGUGACAUCUCGACGCUCUUGCAGUUGGCUCUGGAAUGAGUGGCUAUCACACCCAAACUACUACACAGUGUCCGGCCAUGUCAUAGCAUCAUAUAUACAGGAUCAGGAGUCAGGAUAGAGAGAUGGUGCAAUCGUGGCCAAUGGCCAUAUAUAUAUAAUAGGGGUCAAGGAGGAGGCACUACGAAAAGGACCUAUAGCCACCAACAGCUAUUGGCCAAACCACUCCCUAUUCCAACCAGCGUUAAUUGGCUCAAACUACAACAGGCCGUUCGAUUACUGCGCAGUCGAACCGAACACAAUGAGACUCCACUCGCUUGUGUUCGAUCAACAGUCGGUCUCAGUGUAUUAUCAGCAUAGGGGCGUUCCCUCUCACUUUUGGGCCUGCAGUCUUCUUCAGACGUUCAACCUUGAAGCUGCAGUUUCCAUAGAUCGGAUUCUGCCGGUGGGCGCGUCAGAAGGAACAGCCCAGAGAGCGCGGGCAGUGACGCCUCAGAGCCCGUGAGAGGUCAUGAACCCCGCCAUGUGAGCGCUGCGUGACGGGGAAGGGGGCGUGUCCAUACUCUUGACCUCGCAACUCGCGCUAAUGGCCACUAACCGCUGGUGUCUCAACUGCGUGAAGACUGGCGCUGUCCGCAAACAUACUCUGAACGACGGAAUGUUGUCUCGGUAAAGAAGAAAGAUCACGGACAAGAUAAGCUCCUGUGAUAGGAAGUCCGCGCUCCUGUUUACACUAGCAGUUAGGACCGGCAUUUAACGCGAUUGCUGCAGAUGGUCCCGUCUGCCCGAGGCUCGAUUGCAUAAGACGAAACAGUAAGAACCAUGGCGGGCUUCAGGAUGCUUUUGAGAUCCAGCUCGGUCGAGGAUGCUGGUCAGGAUACCCCGAUCCUCAGGGGCCCGCAGCCAGAUUCCCGCUUCAUAACGCUGCUGGAAGCACUGAAGAAAAGAGAUUUAGCAAAUGUGAAGACCCUUCUUGCGCGCGGCCUUUCCCCCAACCACAGGGAACCCGCACGAGGCAACCGCACGCCGCUCAUCUACGCCGUCAAGCAUGACUUCACUGAAGCCGUCCUGGAGCUCGUGUCCGCGGGAGCGAAUGUGAACCUCGCCGACGCUGCGGGCAUCACGCCGCUACACAUGGCCGCGGGUGGAGGCCACAUAUCUACUCUUAGGAUAUUGAUAUCACGAGGAGCCCCUCCAGACCCACUUGACAACCAUGCUCGCACACCCCUUCAUUACGCGGCCCGUGCUGCCAAUCCAGGCCCAGGAGGAAGCAACUUUGUGAGUGUAGUUGAAAUGCUCCUAAGUGCAGGAGCGCUGCUCGGACGUCGGGAUGCAGACGGCCGCCUCGCCUUGCACAAUGCUGCGACUGCUGGAAGCUCCAAGCUUAUCAAAAUUUUGGUACGCGGGCGAGGGAGCUCCACCAUCAACUUCAAGGACAAGGAAGGAAGAACUCCUUUGCACUGUGCGGUGCUGGGGGCGCGCUCGUUGGAGGCGGUGACCUCACUCCUGGACUUUGGGGCGGCCAUCAACUCACAGGACCGACACGGUGACACAGCCUUGCACAUGACGGCUGGGCGGCCCUACAACCACGUGGACGACGAGUUCGACGGAAUGUGUUUGGAGCAGCUCCUGUCCCACGGGGCCUCGGUAGCGGCAAAGAACAACGAAGGACUGAACGCCCUUUCUCUUGCCCUUCGGCGGACCAUGUGGUGGGGACGACCCACCGCCAGAGACUAUGUAUUACAUGCUGUGCAGCAACUAGUGGCCAAGGGAGCCUGCAUUCAAGACGGCUUUGCAAUGUGGCGCAUGGUGGAGAGUUUUCCGUCGCUCGUACCCAUUGCCCUCAACAGAUCCUUUCGAGCGAACACCUCCGCUCGAGAUUCACCCCUCCUUCAGCUAGACCUCGAUUUUGGCCCGUUGACGGUCGAUAGCCAGCAGUUGUGCGAAAUCCAGCGGCAGAGGCCACACAACCCUCAAGCAGAACUGCCCCUCCCGCCGCCCCUUCUUCGAGACUCCGAAGUGGCAAUGCUCAACUACAUGAUGUGGGCAGGACGAAAGAGCCUUCUGAAGCACCCACUCUGCCAUGCCUUCCUUCACCUCAAGUGGUUUAAAGUGCGUAAAUACUUCCUGGCCAAUGUGUACUUCUACUUUUUCUUUGUCCUCAGUCUUAGUGCUUUUCUCCUUUCCUCCCACAACUGCCCCAAUGAUCCGGAGGCUGCUAAAAACGAGACUUCAUUAAACGACUCGGUGUCUAACUCAAGUUCCGCCGGUUUCAGUUUCAAUGACCUAAAAAUAGAUGGGCCAUUGAGAUGUGGUUGGUCAGGUGAGGACGUGGUGGGACUCACGUGGUGGUGUCUAGUCAUAUUUAGUGCCUUAUUGGACUUGCGUGAGAUCGUCCAGAUUUUCCAAAAUCCAUUCAUUUACAUUCGCAAUCUCGGCAAUGUGAUUGAUGCCACGCUGGUUGUGUGUGUGCCGCAGAUCCUGGUCAGUACUCUGGAAAACAAAGAAUGCUGUCUAGCAGAGUGGCAGCAGAGUGUCGGCGCCAUAUCCAUUAUCCUGGCCUGGGUUCGACUGAUGCUGUUUACUGGACAGUUCCCCAGUUGCGGCGUCUAUAUCGUCAUGUUCUCCACUGUGGCCAAGAACGUGCUCAGGUUUCUACUCAUGUAUGUGCCAGUCCUUGUAGCCUUUGCUUUAGGAUUUCAUGUGCUGCUUCGCUCGAGCACCACCUUCCAAGACUUAGGCAAAUCCCUUGUUACUGCGCUGGUAAUGAUGACUGGAGAGUUAGAUUACGAGUCAACUUUCCUCACACCACAGCCUCCCAUACCCCCUGAGUUGCAGGUGCUCUCAAUCUGCAUUCUGGUGGUGUUCAUUGUGCUGGUCUUCAUUAUACUCUCCAACCUUCUUGUGGGUCUGGCUGUGAGCGACAUGUAUGCUAUUAAACAAAGAUCAGAAGUGUUGCGUCUCACUAGGCAUGUGGAACUGAUGGUACAGAUUGAGAACCUCUUCGGGAACAGCCUAAUUCCCCGCAGACUUCAGAAAUGUCUACUGAGUAGUAUCAGCCUCACUUCUGGUCUUGCAUCAGAUGUCACGGUGUCUGUCUAUCCCAACAGAACACAUGGCUUUGCAGAUACUAUAUUCCUGUUGCUUAUCAGAAUAGUCAGAUCAAGGAGGCUCCUUACCAAAAUCUUUGAGAUUUUUGUAUCAGGAUUCAUAGCCCCUGAGUAUGAGCCCUCACUCCCCUCUCAGCUCAUGGGAGAAGCUGUUAACAUGGCACUUAGAGAACAUGAACUGGACAAGCGAGAAGAGAGACUUCACCUCCGAGCAUUGCAAAUAGGACACAACAAACAGGCAGGGUCUUCCCAGCAAUCUAACACCCAAGUACCAGUUACCCUGAGGUCAUCAAUCAUUAGGCCUUCUUGUGUAGAGAGAGCAUCCUGGAGAUGGACUCUGGCAAGUGACACUGAUGUAGAAGAAGAUGGAGACCUCUUUCACCCCUCAAUGCAGCAACAGGCAUCAUCAUGGAGCUCAUGGCAUCCCUCCAAUUCAGGAGCCCAGCGGAAUGUUUUGCCUGACUCACAUGCUCGUCUUGAUGAACUAAGGAAACUAGUUAUUAACCUUCAGGCAGCAGUUGAGACAUUGUCCACAACGGUGCAACAAAACCAAAGUACAUAUAGAACUGUCCAUGGAGCACAUUCUCUCAAUGAUGUUACUGUAUAAAUUAUGCUGUUAUCCAUUACCUAGCAUACUAACAUUUUACAAGUUAGCUUUUAAAUUGCAAAGUUUAUUUAUUAUAUUUGUGUUAGUCACAUGGCAUUUGGCAAAUAUUUUACGUGUGACUGACAAUUUCAUAUAAAUCAGAGCAUUUAUAUACAUGCACAUAUUUAUAUAUGAAUAUUUUGUUUCUUAGUUUUAAAGCAGUUUAAUAUAAAUGUACAGUUUUUUCUAAAGAAAACAAAAUCCAGUGCUUCAUUGCUGUACUUCAGGUAUUAGACUGUUAUUACUAUAUAUAGUUGAAAUGAGGAAACUCAAAUCAACAACUAAAUGUAAAUCUAAUAUCUGCAUAGCUUUAUGAAUAUAUCGAUAUAAUACUGAGUAAUUUGCUUCUUGCAAAUUAUUGUUUAUAAGCAUUGGAAUGAUGAGCAAUUGCCAAGUGGCACUUUGGCCAUGGUUUUCCUGUCUCUAUUAGAACAGGGUAUCUGUAUAUUACAGUAUACCAGAUAUUCAUGUAAACUCCAUUGAGUAUGAUAUGAAGGUGUGUAAUAUAUCUAUGUAUGUAUAUAUCAGGUGUAUAUAAGCCACAAUGCUGUAAGAUUAGUUUUGUAUAUAUAAAGGUGUUGCUCACUGCCAGUGAGUAGCUUAAGCAUUUGUGUAUAUAAAUAGUCACUAGGCUUUUAUAAUUAACUUGUCAUACAGAUAUAGUAUGUAUGGCUGGUUGUACUUACCUGUGAUUUUCAGAUAUAAUGAAAGCAAAUGUUAAAAUGCAGUAAAGCUACUUAUCAAUUUUGGAGGAUUUUAUCAUAUGUGAGGUUAAUGUUUGCAUUGUAGAAAUUAACAGUUUAUAUUUUCUAAGUAUGCUGUGUCAUUACUUGCAAUACAUACAGUGACUAAGAUGUUACUUUAAAGUUUAUGAUAUUUAUACAUAUAAAUUUAGUUAACUAGGAGUAAAAGCAUCCAACUUCAACUCUCUAAAAGUUCAAGAGAAGCUUGAGAACAAAGAAUUGUAGCGCUGUGUUAACAAAAUACAAAAAAAGUUAAAGCAAGCUGGAUAAUGCUUACAAGUCUCUGUAACUUGUUAAGUCUAAACUAAAGUUUUUUAGUGCUUCUAAAACCCUAUGAGAAACUUUGCUUCCUUUUGUUAAUGCUAGAUGUUAUGAAUUAUCUACAAUCAAAAGAUUUGUUUCAGGUUGUUUUUAUGCGAGUCUAUCAAUGCCACCGGGCAAGGCAUGUACGUGCAUGCCAUGCCCACUGUGAGUUUACUUUAAUUGUUUUUACACAGAGAUGGCUACACUUGCACCAAGUCACCAAUGAGCCAAUUUCAAGUUCUGCCUGUCUCGCUUUUUACCUUUUUCUUGAUU